CUCUACUUGUUCCUCAGCUGUACAGUGGGUGGAAAUGUUCACACUGAUAUUAAUAGUUGGUGAGAAGGUUGGCGGACUUUUAUUUUUCUUCUCUGAUAUCUGUCAGAAACGCUGUAUAUUUUAUUAAAAAAUUUCAAGACUCAAGAAGAGUCAAGAACUUUUUUCAAUGUAUGGAGCAAAAACACAGAACAACAUCUCCCAAACAGCAUAAUACAAGAAUUAAAGGUCAAAGCAAUUAUACACAUAAAUGUAAAUUAUUUUCUGUCAUUUGUCUAUUGUAUAAAUCCAUAUAACUGAAGUUCGGUGGAAGAAUGUGGCUAUUAAAGUCUUAAAAUGAAGACUAAAAUACAUGUAAAACAUGUUUAUGUGUUUUGACAGCUUUGGCUAUAACGUUAAUCACAGUGAGCACUAUUUCCAACUUGAAAACACUGAGGUCCACAUUGGCCACCAUGAUAUUUAUUUGUUCCUUAAAGAUGUGCUGAGUGUCCCUCCUUUGGUAGGAGAGAAGCCCUACUUCUGGGUAAACGCAGGAAAACACAUCGGCUUCUCUCCUUAACAAUGGCUCUAUCUGUUUCCGUCGGUGCUAACAAUGUCACACUAACAGGCCCUGGAGAACAGCCCCCCAUUCAGGCCCGGUCGGCCAGGGGGCGGGCGUUAGUCUCGCCCCCCCCCCACGCAGCACCCUGGCACUGCUCUGGGCUCCUGGUGCCCCUGCUGUACCUCUUCACAGGGAUGGCCGUCAGGAAGGGCACACUUAAGCUCCACUGGAUCCUCGUGUUCAGCACUGCGGCAGUUGGCUGGUGUUCUGCUUCGACAUACGAGGCCACGGAGGGCGGCUUGGUCGUCCUGCCCUGCCGGUACUCUGUGAAACGACACGGACUGAGCCACCUGUGCUGGGGUCGAAGCUGCGGCACGUUCUGGUGCCACGACAUCCUCCUGCAGGCUGACGGCGACGGCGUCAUCUCCAAGGUCUCCGAGAAGUACCGCUUCACCGGCGACGUCCUUGCCGGACAUGUGGACCUGAUCAUCCCGAGGGUGAAGGCCCUGGACGGCGGGCUGUACUGCUGCCGGGUGGACAUCGACGGAUACUUCAACGACAAGAAGAUCCUCCACACACUGACAGUUGUAAAAGCUCCUGUAGCAAUGACAUCAUCGCUGGCUCCAGUCACACACGUCACAAACCCGUAUUCUACAACAUAUAGGUGGAUGGAAACUAAGCGGUGGCCUUCAGAGCCUGUGCAACGCAAAUCCAGUCCGCCCAAACCUCGGGUUAUAGAGGAGAACCCUCUCCCCAGCCCCUCCCUGCGCAUCAACGUCCCUGUGCUCUCAUUUUCUCUCAGCGUGCUCCUGGUACUCCUUGGGUUUCUGGCCCUGAUGGGAUUAAAACGUGAGAUCCAAAAGAGAAGAUUGAAAACAGAAAGCCAGACAGCUGUGGAACCUCCUCACAUCAUCCAUGAGAUCCAGACCAGGAAACCUCUAGAAGAGAACAUCUACACCUUGGACUGAUUUACCUUUGAAUCUAGUCAGCACUGCGGUGACCUCAAACAGCCAGUGCGAUGACAAAGGACACUGUCCCGUAACCAAGGUGCCACCUUCAGGUUUCACUGUCGUAUGAAGCACUUAAAUAUCGUUUUGUGGAACAAGGUUUGGCCAUAAGCUGAAGAAACUGCUGGAUCCUUGCAGUAACAAUGUUCAAAAGUGUGUUGUAAGGGAGUCUUGCCAGUGUGUUAACAAUGUGUGAGAAAAUACAAGCGUCUAACAGUAAGGUGAAUCUGACAUUUCCCUGUCAUAUAACAAUUCAAUCCUAAUUCCAACUGAACGAGUGAAGCUGUAGUAUCAUUCUUGGCCGCGAUGCUUCAUUACUUCAUGAUCUCAAAUUUGAACCAUCGCUUUAAAAACACUUCUAAAGCGGAGUCUCUCAAAUCAUCGUAUAACAAUUCAAUCCUAAUUCCAGUUGAACGGGUGAAGGUGAAGUAUUAUUUUUUCCCACAGUGCUUCACUACUUUAAUUUAUGAUCUCAGUAUUGAACCAGCUCUUUUCAAUGCCUCCAAAGCACAAGGCUCUUAAAUUAUUACCGCAUUAUAUUUUAAUCCUAAUUCCAUCUGAACGAGUGAAGGUGAAGUAUUCUUUUUAACCACAGUGCUUCACUACUUUAUGAUCUCAGUAAUGAACCAGCCCUUAAAAACGCUUCCCAAGCGCAAGCUUCUGCAUUUCAGUUCCCUUGUUCAAUUAAGGAAUUGAGGGGGUGAAAUUUUGUCAGAUCUAAUUAGUGAGAUCUACACCAGCUAGUAUCGAGAAGAGACCCCCCCAGGAGAAAUGAUAUCUGUCCUGUCCCACAGGAAACCCUGCUGCAUGCAGUGCUCUUCACUGGCUUUGCUGAAUAUGUCUAGCUCCCCAAAGAGUGGUUAAGGGCAGGUGUUUUUAACCAGAACAUUGCUGGUUCAUGUCCCAGAUGGCACUACGCAAUGUGCUUUAACCCGAAAGCCUUCACUAUAAAAUCCUGCUGAAAGUGUUCAAUAAAAAUCAAGGCCAUCAUUGUCAUCUC